CAAUUCCAGUGCCUUAUGCAUUCGUAUUUGGCAGGCAAUCUUCUUAUUAUACACUUGUUUUUAACAAAAAACAAUAAAUUCAACAAACAUUUAUAAACAAAUAAAUAUGCAAGGUUAAAUUUCCAGUUUCGGCCGGAACAAUCUUUUGACCAGGACGUUGGUCAUUUUGAUCCGAGACUCACAAAGCCCGGACGAGUCGACCCACAACUUCCUUUAACCCUGGAGUUCGGAAUGUAUUUUCAAUUGUGGAGUAAUAUCAGUUAAACUAGACAUUUUCAACUCGCUUACAAUUUCGAAAAACUUCGAUUUAAGGAAAUUAAAAUAUGCCGAAAAAUAAAGGAAAGGGAGGUAAAAACAGGAGGAGAGGAAAGAAUGAAAAUGAGACCGAAAAGAGAGAACUGGUUUUCAAAGAAGAUGGACAAGAAUACGCUCAAGUGACCAAAAUGCUUGGUAAUGGAAGACUUGAAGCAAUGUGCUUCGACGGAGCCAAGCGGUUGUGUCACAUCAGAGGGAAAUUGAGAAAGAAAGUUUGGAUCAAUCAAGGCGACAUUAUUUUAAUUGGAUUAAGAGAUUAUCAGAAUGCCAAAGCUGACGUUAUCCAAAAAUAUACACCCGAUGAAGCUCGUAAUUUGAAAACAUACGGAGAAUUUCCAGAAACUGUCCGAAUCAAUGAUACAGUCACCUUUUUGGAAGAAGGCUACGAUGAAGAUAUUGAGUUUGGUUAUGAGCUUAGCGAUGAAGAAGAUAAUGCCGUAGACAAUAUAUGAUAUGGAAGAGUGGGCUGAUCAUUAUUUCCUCAGGAGAUCCUUAUGAAAAAAAUUUCUUUUUAAAAAAUAUAUAAACCAAAAUUUUCUGUACAAAUGGUUAUACAUAUUCCCUUUUUUGUUUUGUUCAAAUUUAUAUGUUAGAUUAGUGAACGAAUAUGAUAAGUUUCAAGUGGUAUUUAUUAAUUUUAAAAAAUCUUUAAAAAAAAUAGUUACAUUUGUUGUUGAGUAUGACCAUUUAUAAUAAAAUGCAAGAAUUAGGGAAAAAAUGUUUAAUACUUUAGUUUAUGUUUAUAUUUUUGUACAUGUUGUUUCUCUUAUUAUAGUAUUAUUAUAAAUCAAUUCUAGGUUCAAUUAGAUUUUUUUUUUAAAAUUUCAUAUUCCUUUAUUUUUUCAAGCGUAAUACACAAAUUUUUGAAUAUUUUUUCAUACUUUCAAAGGGAAUUGUACAUAAAUGUCAGCAGUCUCAGAUUGUAACAGAAAAGAGGUCAAAUAUAAAAAAAAUCUUCCUUUCAAAUGUCAGUAUUCUGGUAUUCAAAAGAAAAUAUUUGCAAUAAAGUGAAGUAACAAUUGA